CCUACACUCAUUAACUUCUUAAGCUGCUGCUCACAAGACACUGGCCAGGGCUGUUUUUCUGUUCGGUUUCUUCGACUGCAUUGCAUUUUGCUUCAUUCUGGGCCUUGGCUUCCAUCACAUCAGUUCCAAACAGGAGGCUUUAUCGUUUUGGAGGACAACAGGUCAGGAAACCUUGGUAAUGAUUAACUGAAGAUCAUGACAGGCUCCUGGACGACGUGUUGCAAUAAAAAGAGCAUACCCAAGAAUGGAUUGCAUGAAUUGGAUUCAGUGGCAGAGAACAAGAAGGAAAAAAUGCAGAUGAAGCAAGAGAUCACCUUGCUUAAUGGCAUUUCUUUGAUAGUAGGGAACAUGAUCGGCUCGGGGAUUUUUGUGGCUCCCAAGGGUGUUUUGAUGUACAGUGGCUCAUAUGGACUCUCGCUCCUCCUCUGGGCCCUUGGUGGGAUCUUUUCAUUGUUUGGAGCACUGUGUUAUGCUGAACUGGGGACAUCCAUUAUUAAAUCAGGAGCAAGCUAUGCCUACAUUCUAGAAGCUUUCGGAGGUUUUAUAGCCUUUAUCAGACUAUGGUCUUCCUUGCUCAUUAUUGAGCCAACAACUCAGGCCGUCAUCGCCAUCACUUUUGCAAAUUACAUUGUUCAGCCAAUAUUUCCCUUCUGUGAGCCACCCUAUGGAGCAGUUAGGUUGAUUGCAGCUGCCUGCAUCUGCUCCCUGACCUUUAUUAACUGUGUCAAUGUGAAGUGGGGAACCAGAGUGCAAGACCUUUUCACAUAUGCCAAAGUCAUGGCCCUUAUUGUGAUAAUAGCUGUGGGCCUUUAUAAAAUCACCCAAGGAGAAACUGAUAACCUCAAGGAGCCAUUUGAAGGCUCCACAACAGAUGCAGGAUUCAUUGCACUUGCCCUUUACUCAGCUCUUUUCUCCUACUCUGGAUGGGAUACACUGAAUUUCGUCACGGAAGAAAUGAAAAACCCAGAAAGGAACUUGCCCCUUUCCAUUGCAAUCUCAAUGCCCAUCGUGACUAUCAUUUACCUGCUGACGAACGUGGCCUACUAUGUUGUGCUGGACAUGCCUGCCCUGUUAGGGAGUGAUGCUGUGGCCGUGACUUUUGGUAAUGAGACUCUUAGCCAUGCUAAGUGGAUCAUCCCUAUUGCAGUGGCUAUGUCUUGUUAUGGAGGAUUAAACUCAUCAAUUAUUGCAGCUUCCAGGCUUUUCUACGUUGGAGCCAGAGAAGGACAACUCCCAGAUAGCCUGAGCUUGAUUCAUAUAAAAUGUUUCACUCCUGUUCCUGCUCUCGUUUUUAAUGGUUUAAUGACUUUGAUUUAUCUCCUUGUGGAAGAUGUCUUUCUGCUGAUUAAUUACUAUUGCUUCAGCUAUUGGUUCUUUGUUGGGUUAUCCAUUGCAGGGUUAAUAUACUUAAGAUAUACCCAGCCAGACAGGCCAAGACCCAUUAAACUCAGCCUCUUCUUCCCCAUCGUGUAUUGCCUGUGCACCCUUUUCCUAGUCAUAGUCCCACUCUUCAGCGACACAAUCAAUUCCAUUAUUGGAAUUGGCAUAGCACUCUCUGGAAUUCCUGCUUACUUUCUGGGAGUCUAUUUACCUGUAGAAAAGAGACCUUGGUACCUGCGAAGGCUUUCAGCUACAGCCACUAAGUAUGCCCAGAUGCUGUUUUGUUGCUGUCAGACUGACCUGGAUAUUGAAACAGAGACAUCGGAAACCAAAGCCAAGUAGAACAAAUUGGACUGUUUUCUCCACUUGAAGCCUCCGGCGUCACUGGGACCUGCUCCCUUUGUCUUCCUGGGCCAUGCCAAGGCAUGCACAACUGUAUUGUGCAUCAUUUUGAUGUUCCUUAAUCUGUGCUGCACUCUUAGUCUUUCCUUUGUCUGAUUACCAGUUCAUGAGGAUGCCUCCAUGCCGAUUCAAUAGCUGGUAAUUAUACACUAUUUGAAAAACAGAAGGUACAUUAUAUAGAAACAAGCAAUAAGUGCUAGGAUUUCUUUAAGGAGCUCAUUACAGAUGUCUUCAGGUUGUCAAUUGAAAGUAGAGGUCUGGGAAGGAAAACGUAAAAUGAUGUGAAGAGGAGGAACUAAAAAUAAAUGCAUUUCCAACCUCAACCUUUUCCCCAAAAGGGCAUAGGAAAAAGCAUCCAUGUAUUAAAUUUUUAGUUCUAAGGUGCUGCAGGGCUGCAAACCUAUGCCCAGAAGCCCAACUGAACUCAAUGGGACUUCUGAACUGACCUGCACAGGAUUUUGCUGUAAGACACAGAGAAGGUGGAAAUUCAUUUCAUUCAGUGCUGCCUAAAUCGAAGUAGUAACACUGCAGUCUGAAUUUGUGGGGAACUGCAUUGUAGCAAUGGACUAUCAAAAUCGGUGGAAGGAUAUCAGUGAUACAGCAAGGAGUUGCCCUGUGCUCUUGAACUGAUCUUUGUACACCUGAUCUUCAGAUUCAGCAGCAAUGCAGCACCUGCCAUUGGCUGUGUCACACCAGUACAUUGCCUUACUGCAGCAGUAGCCAAUGUGGUGGCCCCAUAAGUUGUUGGGCUCCAAGUCCCAUCAGCCCCACAUCCUUUAUGGUGCACGGUCAGGGCUCUCGUCAGGCAACGACUGGAGGCCACCACGCUGGUGACUUCUGCCUUAACCCCUUGCAGGACACCAUUGUGCUACAAAGGAAGGCAUGUUCAGUGAUGAUCCAGGCAGUGUCUUCAGCAGAAUGCAAAGGAUUGUUGGAGAAGCACAGGUGUUCUGUUAUGGAUACAAUUCUGUACUCGGGAUUUAUAAUCCUCCUUGACAUUUUUUUUUUUUUUAAUUCCGAGUGUGGCUGAGCUGAGCUUGAUGUCUUCAUCCCACAUGUCAUGCUUAGGAUUCUUCUUUUGCUAGAUGUCUCUGUGCCGAACAACUACCACUUUUUCCUUCUGAAUAUGCAAUUGAUGAAUAGAAUGAACACAAAGCAUAAACUGAUCAAUUUUGCCCGCUUCCAGCCAAAAAAUUUUAUAUUACAAGCAACGCAUGUGUUAUUUACAGCAGAGGGUGACUGCCUGUUAAAUAUGCUUCUGUUUUGAAUAAACUUGGGUUAAAAAAUGA